UCUGUUGCUCCUGUCACAUAUGUUGGUAGAAAGCAUGGAACCAGGCAAUACCAGCCACUUUCCUACCAGGAUAAGAAAGAACUUUGCAAAAUUCAACCUGAAUUUGGCAGAUCUAGUGCAAUAUUUAAGGGCAUGUUUCGAGCCACAUUUAAUUCUAAUGAAAUGGUGCCUAGGGACAUCAAAGACUUAUUUAGAUGUCUCUUAUCUCCCUCAGAGUAUGAUCUGUAGGAUAGUAUGUGGAAAAGAGCUUUAAGAACAUUAUUACAGGAGAUGCAUCAAACCCCUAAUGCAGCUAAGGACACUGAGGGACAUGAUAUUACACUUGAACAUCUGUGUGGGGAAGAGGCCUGGCAUUGCCCAGAAAAACAAUCUUGAGUGUUAUCCAAGCCAAUUUUACUUAAGAUUAGUGCUGUUGCAGAGAAAAUGUUUUAUCAGCUACCAACAAUGGAAGGGAAAGGCAGUUACGUCAAUAUUAAACAAUUUGCUACAGAGAAUUUCUUGCAGUUUGUUGAUCGUCUGAGGACACAGGUGGAACAAAAAGUACAAGACCCCGUGGUGCAGGCAGAACUGAUUAAGGAGAUGGCUCAAAGGAAUGCUAACGAGACCUGUCGUAGAAUUAUUCUUAGCCUUCCCCUAGAACCUCCGCCUAAUCUGUCCCAGGUGACAGAGGCUUGUUCAAGGAGGGCGGAAAUGUUCUGCACAUCUGAAGGAAAUCCAAGACCUGCACACCCACAGCCUAAAGCACCUGCGGUACCAAACCCAAACAGGCAACCAAUGUCAACAGAUGAGCUGAAACGCAUCAACUGCCUCCGCUGCAAGAAACCAGGACACUUUGCCAGAACCUGCCCUCAGACCCAGAAGCAGAAGAAAUUCAACAAACAAAAAACCUGAAUUUACAGCGCGUACCCGCUGCUGAUACUACAACGCGCAAAGAUAUAAAUACAGCCGGACUCACAUUGGGAAAAGCCUCUCUCUUAAAAAAAAAGGAGGAGGACGGGUCACAUGGUGUGGGGUUGCGGAAAAAUGUAAAUGUUAAAUGUUCAACUAACAAGGUUUGGCAGCCACUAGGCCGAUUCAAGCUUGUGACUACCAAAGGUUUUCAUUUCAGAUCUACUGAGUGGAUGGUCAUAACAGUGGACCUGUCAAACAUCUCACAGGACCUGAUGGUUUACCACAUGGGAUUGGACAAGAAAACCUACCUCCCACUCAACCCUAUGAUGAACCCCAUCCAAGUUGUCAUCCUGCUAAUGCUGAACAGUCUGGCAGCUGCAUGGAUCGUCCCUCAGAACGUCUGGGUGACCCUGGCACAGACACUUCAGCAGGAAAACAUAUGUUUGUCCACUGCAGAAGCUAAGAACCCUAUGUCCACCUGUCUGGUAGGAAUUCCUUUGCAGGCUGGAGAAUUUCAAGCAGGUUUGAACAAAUACAGGUCCAACGAAAUUCCAGAGCCACACACCCCCCAGCCACACAAGGAUCACCAAAAGCAAGCUGUGGUGGCCAUGAACCCCUUAGAGGAAUGGGUGCGGAGUUUGCCCAAGGUAGCUCAGGAGCCCCAAGAGUUAGAACUAUUGGGUUCCUCCCCUGCAACAUACUGCAUACAUUUUUCUGUCAUCCCAAAACCUUCUAGCACUGACGCGUACCACCUCAUAAGACAAUUCCGGGGAGAGUUUACUGCAAAGAGGUGGUGUCAUAAUAUAAGCCACAUUGCAGCAGACAACCCAUCUCACUCUAGCCCCAGAAGCCUCCCUAAGGGAUUGUUCUUGGUUUGUGGGGAUCGGGCAUGGGCAGGAAUUCCAUCCCGGCUUUUAGGAGGGCCAUGUACCAUAGGGCGAUUGUCCGUAUUGACACCCAACCAAACUUUAAUUGGCGAAUGGACUCACAAAAACAAAUCAGCAAACAAAAUUCAGAAGAGGAGUGCUGAUAAUCUGGACCCAAAUUGUAAUUCAGAAAUUUUUCAUUGGGCAAAGUCAAAAAGAGUUGCUGUAUCCCUGUUUCUUCCGUGGGUAGCAGCAGCCAAAGCUCUAGGUGAAUUGGGCCAUCUAGAGUGCUGGGUGGUCAAACAGGCAAACUUAACAUCCAUCGCCAUCAGCUCUCUCCUAGAAGACGAGGAAAUUACCAGACAGGCCACCAUCCAGAACCGCGCCGCUAUUGAUUUUCUUUUGUUACUGCAUGGACAUGAAUGCCAGGAAUUUGAAGGACUCUGUUGCAUGAAUCUGUCCUCAAAAGCUCCAAACAUCCAUGCUGCCCUCCGAAGCAUAAACAACAUGAUCAGACAAGUGAAGCAAGAAUCUGAAGAUUGGAUCAGGGAACUGUUCAAGGGCUGGGGAUUCACAGGGUGGUGGACUUCUAUAGUUAAAACAAUUUUGUUAUUUUUUAUUAUUCUUUUCCUUGUAACAAUAGCAUUCGGAAUCCUACGCUGUUUGAUUUUCAAGGCUAUUAACAGCCUCAUACCUUCUACCUCAGAAGUCAACCACAUAGAGCUGGCAAACCUAAAGCGGUCUGAUUUCCCUACCAAUCAUAAGUGGUGGGAAAACCCACACUCCACGUCAAAAUUAACUUGAUGGUUUUUCUUGGUAUCUUUUUAAACAAAAAAAAGGAGGAGAUGUUACAUUCCCCUGUGGGAAUGGUCUCUCCCCCCUCAGGGACCCCUAGAGCUUGUACCAUGUAGUUUGACCCUUCCUUCCCUUUCUGACCCCACUGGCUGUGUUCCAAAUUGCUCCUCCCUGGCAAGAGCUGAGAAAAGACCCUGUUCCUUUGUGCAUGCCCUCUUUCCCUCUGGAGACCACCUGGAAUAAAC